AACCUAUGUUAUGUUGGCUAUAUUCAUUUUUUAAACACACUGCCCUUUGAAAUGUAAGGAUCUGCUGUUUUGAUCAAUAAUGGUUCCUAAUUCUAUAGGUUUCGUGAAGUACAUUUUAGCUUUCUUUUUGUAUUAAAAUUUGAGACCAGAAUUCACAAAAAAGUGGAGACGAGAAAUUAAUCUGUAUACCUGGAUAUUAAAGUACCAGCAAUAUGUUGUCUGUAACUGACAGUCAAAAAAUUGGUAUUGGUCUGACUGGGUUUGGAGCAUUCUUCUUAUUUCUUGGUAUGAUAUUUUUCUUCGAUAGAGUUCUCCUUGCAUUUGGAAAUUUACUUUUCAUCAGUGGUUUAUCAUUUAUCAUUGGCCUUCAAAGAACUUUUAACUUCUUCUUCCAACGCCACAAAAUAAAGUCAAGCGGAUUUUUCUUCACUGGUAUUUUUGUUGUUCUAUUGGGGUGGCCACUUAUUGGAAUGCUUAUUGAAACCUAUGGCUUUUUUCUCUUAUUCAGUGGUUUCUUUCCUGUAAUUAUUAACUUCUUAAGAAGAAUUCCUGUAAUUGGUCGAAUUUUUGACAUUGCUAUUAUUAACAAGUUUGCAGAAAAGCUGGAAGGGCAGCAUCCAAUGGUUUGACCUCUUGUAAAACUACAGCUGGUGAUGUUAAAAAACUUUGGAAUUCUUCAGAUUGAAUUCAAUUUCCAGAUUUCAUUUUUUCGAAACUUUUUGAAUAUUUUUCGUUUUCCAAACUUUUUGAAGUUUACAGAUUUUAGUUACUUUGCUGCUAGGUGGCAGCAGUGCAAUAUACCGUGCAACAUGUUUAAAAAAGAAUUUUAAAUUUCUGUAUCGUUUUUGGGUGUAUUGGUUGACAACGUUAUGAAACAGUAUAUUUGCUUGUAAAUUUUUUCUUUAAAUAUUGGUACAGAUUGAUUUUUUUUUAAAUUUUAGUAUUUUUCUGAGGAGUACAUUGUAAGAAUGGUUAAACGGUAAUUUAAAUAAAGUAAGAUUGGUGGAAAGUAAACAUAAUAAAGCUUAUUUUUAUAAACUUAA